CCCUGAGUAGGCCUUGCCUACUCUGGAAUUGUCGUAGGCCUUGCCUACUCAGGGAUUGUCGUCGGUUCGCUGUGUUAAGCGAGAAUUGGCAUUUCCAUAACACGGAUUGAAACCAAGAACGAGUAUCCAUCAUAUGACAGUAACAGAGCUCCAAGUAGAUCCGUCUAUUUUGCGCGAUGUGCAAAAGCGAUGCAAACAGCUACUAACAAAUACAGAACUAUAGCUACAGUGUAGAUCAUGACGCGAUGCUCCCGACUUGCUGCUCCUCCAAAUUCUUUUCCUCCUCGACACUCAGCGACUCCUCGCUCUGAUUCCUCCUCGUCGGCCCAUCUUCCCCCGCGACCGCCGAGGCGUGUGCCCCCCUUGUCCUUCUUUAAACGCCGCGCCAUCGUCUUUGCCGCCUUCGGGACCAUCGACCACUGCAUGCAUGCAAGCAGAUCGACUUGCUUCUCGGAUAGGUCAUCGUACCGGAAGAGGUCGCCGAUGCUUUCAAUCGUCUGUCCGGCAGUCUCGGGGUGGAACAACAAACCGAUAAGCGCGUUGAGAAUGCUGAAGACCGGCGGACUGAUCUCGACAAGCACCGUCCUCAGCAUGUCGACAAGCAACAAGCUCACCACGGAGACCGCCGUCACAAAUAUUGAGAACCUGGUUGAACCAAUAGAACGGCUCGUCAUUUACCAGUGCACGCCUCAUCUGUGUCUAUAAGGAGACCAUUGAGCCCAUGCAGCGCGGUUGGCAUCAUUCUCGCUGCCCUGACAGUUAAAACAGCCCUUACGAGACUUGGAUUACCACGCCUCUGAUAUUCUGCGCUGUACGUGGUCCGUGGUUAACGGAGGAUGACACGGCAUCGCUCGAGGCGAUGGCGGUUCUCGAUGAGCUGAGGAAUUUCCUCUUGAACCUUCUGCGCGAUUUUUGCUGAACCUAAUUGGAUUGAUAGGCUUCGUCCUUGUGGGUAUCCCAGUGUAUUAUGUCACUCAAAGGAGGCGAAACGCAUCGCCUUCUGGCAUCAUGUGUAAGCUCUCAGUUGUGUUUGAGAUCACCGAUGCUGAGCAAGCACAUCCAUUAGCGGUGUUUGCGAACUGUUUCGCACGUAUACGUGGCAGACCAAUGGAUGGCAAGCUGUAGCUACCGAGGGCGACGAGCAGGUCGAGAUGAAUGAGACCAGCGGGUCAUUUCA